ACAAUUGUCUAGGGGUAUCUGUAAAACAAAAAUAGGUGUGUGCUAGACUCAAGGACAUCUGGCCACCUAUCUAAUGGUUGGAAUGUUUGGGAUGUCAGGUACUUCCUUACCCCUGGGUAUAUCCCUGGGUGGUAUCAGCUUAAGGCUUUUCCUGGAUCUGGGUGUUGCCUGCCAGUAAGCCUGUCACAGAAGCUGUGUUAGGCCCCAAAGCCUGUCAUGGCUGCUGUGUGGUCAAGCUGUUUUGGGGCCCCUUCACAGUCCACUGCCAGAAAAAUGCCAAAGUAGUAUGCCCUGUAGCUCAUCAUUUUUAAUUAUGUGUCCUGAGUGCAGGCACUCAGAGGCCAACGGUAUGAGAUCCUUGGAGUUGGGGGUGGUUGUAAGGACAUGCGUGCUAGGAAUCAAACUCUUAACCCCUGAGCCAUCAUUCCAGCCCCUAGUUUUUGUUUGUCUGGGAGACAGGGUCUCACUGUAGCUCGGGUUUGUCCAGAACUCGCAGCAACCGUCUUUCAUCAGCCUCUCAAGUGCUAGGGUUAAAAGGGACAGCCACCACGCUAGCAGGGACGCUCUCUUGCCUGAACCAGAUAAACCGCAUGAAGACUGCUUCCGAGGCUGCCAGCAGGGUAGCUAGAUCAGAGGCUCUGCGUGGAAAAGCGGAUUCACGUUCUGAGGUCAGCGACUGUAGGUGGGUGGCAGGUCAAAGCCCAGACACAAAUGCAGGCCCCCACCUGCAAACCCUGGUCCUUUACUCGACUAGUCCCAGAGAAAGCCAUUGUGAUGUAAAUGUGUCGCAGAGGUGUCCCGGGUCUUGCCCUGCAGAGUUAUUGAGUAAAACGCCAGUGCUUCUGGGCCCUCGAUGCGCUUGCCCAGCCCCGCGUGACUGCACGCACCCACGACACGGAGAUGCUGCAGCGUCUGCGCUCCUCCCUGUGCCCGGUGCUCGUCAGUGGCUCUCCAUUCGGACCUCCAGCGCCCGCCGCGCGGAACAGCGGCCCCGGGCUCGCGGGAUUCGCUGUGCGCCACGUGUCGCCGCCGCGCCACGCAUUCCCACACGUCCGCAGCUUCGUCAUGGCCUGCUUGCCCCGGGGAACUGCAACCCUGGCCCGCCAGGACUGCAGUAAUGGAUGCGCGGCGCCCUUUGGUGGAGAACGAGGAUCAGAAGUGGCUGAGACUUUUAGGGCCAAAGACCUUGUCAUUACACCAGCCACAGUCUUAAAGGAAAAGCCAGACCCCGACUCUCUGGUGUUUGGAGCUACGUUUACCGACCACAUGCUGACGGUGGAGUGGUCCUUGGCAUCUGGAUGGGAGAAACCUCACAUUAAGCCUUUUGAAAACUUGUCUAUACAUCCUGCUGCCUCGGUUUUACACUAUGGCGUGGAACUGUUUGAAGGCUUGAAGGCUUUUCGAGGAGUCGAUAACAAGAUCCGAUUGUUUCGGCCUGAACUCAACAUGAAGAGAAUGUGCCGAUCUGCUCUGCGGGCUACUUUGCCGGUGUUUGACCAGGAGGAGCUUCUAGAAUGCAUUCGGCAGCUGAUACAGAUAGACCAAGAGUGGGUCCCCUAUUCCACCUCUGCCAGUCUCUACGUCCGCCCCACAUUUAUUGGGACUGAGCAAUCUCUUGGAGUCAAGAAGCCAUGCAGAGCCUUGCUCUUUGUGAUCCUGAGCCCUGUGGGACCUUAUUUUUCUAGCGGAACCUUUAAUCCAGUGUCACUGUGGGCCAAUCCAAAGUAUGUCAGAGCCUGGCAAGGUGGAACUGGGGACUGCAAGAUCGGCGGCAAUUACGGUGCAUCCCUUUUGGCACAGUGCGAGGCAGCAGAGAAUGGCUGUCAGCAGGUCCUCUGGCUGUAUGGCAAGGAUGACCAGAUAACUGAAGUGGGCACGAUGAAUCUGUUCCUCUACUGGAUAAAUGAAGAUGGAGAAGAAGAGCUGGCGACACCUCCGCUAGAUGGCAUCAUUCUCCCAGGUGUGACGAGGCAGAGCAUCAUAGAGCUGGCACAACAGUGGGGUGAGUUUAAGGUGUGUGAGAGAUACCUCACCAUGGAUGACCUGACCGCUGCCCUGGAGGGGAACAGAGUGAAGGAGAUGUUUGGCUCGGGGACGGCCUGCGUUGUCUGCCCGGUUUCAGACAUUCUCUACAAGGGCCAGAUGCUGCACAUUCCAACAAUGGAGAACGGCCCCAAGCUUGCAAGCCGCAUCUUGGGAAAGUUGACUGAUAUCCAGUACGGAAGGGUGGAGAGUGACUGGACGACAGUGCUACCCUGAUGGAAACCCCAUCGGUCGGUGAUGUGCCACAGAAGACGGACCUCCGCCCAACCGUGACCGCCUCUUAGUAGUUUUGCAUAUUGUAGUUGCGGAGUUCAUGUUUUACCAAGUGGCGGUUUUUCCUUGAGCCACAGAAAACUGCCAAUGCCAAAUGUCACCUGUGAACGUGGUAGUAGUAAUUGCUUCCUGUAGCAUUCUCUGGAAAGAUGAUGAUAAAUGCCUACCCUUGUUCUGCACAAGAUCCAAAUGUCUGUUCCUUAGUAGAAGGUAGGGUUCCUCAACCAAUGAGACCUCUGUAUGUGCAGAGGACACCUGAGGACAUUUCCUAGGUGGCAUCCCUGUGGCUCAUGGGUGUCAGAAACACACAGAACAGGGCUUUUUUUUUUUUUUUUUUUUUUGUUGUUGUUGUUGUUGGGAGUAGGACUCCCUAGGUAUCCCUGGCUGGUCUGGUAUUCCCUAAUGUCUGCCCAGGCUGGUCUCAGACUCAUGGCAGUCCUCCUGUCCCAGCCUUCUGAAUGCUGGGAUGACAGGUGUGUACUAUCAUGCCUCAUUUUUUUUUCUUUUAACGAAUUUGGUCCCCUGGAUUUCCUUCCUCUAUGCUUUUUUGUAGGUCCUUAAGUCCAAGCUAAAGGCAGUCUGUCCUUCUUGGUAUUAUGGUCUGCCCCAGUCUCUGGGUGUCUGUGAGGCUCAUGCUCACUGUGCCCCUGUCCUCUUUACAUAGUAUUAUAACUGGCUGCUCACUGUGCUGCUAUGAGACUAGGGGUCCUAUGCCUUCUGGAUCUCUGUGUCCUCGAAGCCCAGCACAAUGUAGGUAUUCAGCACAUGUUUACUAUAGAAAUGAACAUAGAAGUAUACUUCCUGUCUCUCCAUGCUGAAGCCCUCUUGGGAGCCAGGCCUAAUUCUGGCACAGGUAGCAGUAAUACCUCAAGCUGUCUUUCUUGUCCGUGGAAGACGUCACAGUCAGUAGGAAGAAUUAUCUUAUAGUUUAAGAUUAUUAUCAUUGGAACUGAAGUGAUUGCCCUGGACAGAAUUCAUGAUAAAGUAACAACCACAUGGAAAUUACUGAUGCUGUACAUUAAAUCUUAAAUGCCAAAUAGAGGGGUAGGCAGGGAGAUACACUCUGGAUUUUGAUCUUAAUCUGCAUUUUGUACCAUUCUCUUAGGUGAGCAUUAAUGAGCAUCUGGCGAGAUAACAGAAUAAUUCCAGAGAGUGUUUUCCUUGUUUAGGAACUGUGAGUGAAGAAUUCUUUCAUCUCCCAGUUUAUCCAGGAGAAAUUCAGGCCUUGAUAGAAAGCACUCACCCUUGAACGUCAGCUCUCAGCCAUGGUACUGUGGCUUCUUGGUCGCAGUGGCCUUCAUCUUGCUGAUGAAACUUGGGUCUCUUUAGCGUUCCAGGGGAGGACAUUGUAAAAACUUUAUCCAUUAGAGACAUUCCUUAGAGACAUUUAACAAUACACAGAACUUUGGUUCUGUUCCAAAAUAUUUAGCUGUUGGGUCUUUUAGACAGAAACAGCAAGAAACCGGGAGAAGGAGAAUGUGCAAGGAGAUGGUAAAAAUACGUCUUCGUGGGCCUUUCCCUUGGUGACUGAAGUCUUGGGUGAGGGUGUCUGGCUGCUCUCCAUCCUUUCCUGCACAUGUUCAUGAGGCAGCAUCCUCAGAGAUGCUCUGGCUUCCCACACCCUUUGACCUCGUCUUUAGUAUCUGUCUGGGAGAGCUGUAAGUGUAUUAGUGGUCAAGUAGUGCAGAAUGACCAGGCUGAGUUGUCUGAGAAGGGAGAUGACUUGUCUGCCCCGAGUCCACUUUAGAUUUUACAUUUCUAAAUUAACAGUGGCCUGUGUGAUGGCUAGAGAGUGUGUUAUGACCUCUUACAUAAAAACCUCUUGAGCUUUCCAUCAGACUCAGUUACAAUGGAAGGCAGGACAUGUUUAAAAAAAAAAAACAAAAACCUGGAGGUCUGAUACAGAGCUCAGUCUGCCAUUCUUAUUGAAGUAACAGGACAGGAGAUCAACUUUGGAAAUGACUUCUUAAGCAGGCAUAAAAGGAAUGUCUGGAAUACUUUUUUCCUUGUGCACUAUCUAUUCAAUUGCAGGGGCAUAAUGCAGCAGGAGGGUUACAUUGUCAGCAGGCAAUUACCCCUUCAUCAAGACUCACUUAUCCCAACACUAAUUGAUCAUUAAAACAGAAUGGCAUUAGGAACAUGUAAGGCUAAUCUGUUGGGUGCAAUCAACAAAUUAAUAUUAUUGCUGAUAUUUGCAUAACUGACUGCAAUUAUUUCCUGUUUAAUUGGGUUGAUCCAAUGAGAUUCAUCAAGUCCCAUGUGAGCAAGUAUAAACAUAACUAAACACAACUGGUAGCUUAAGAGGAUGGUUAGCUUAUCUUGCAUAUCUUGGUUUGUCAGCUUUCUCCAGAACACAUGUGAAAACCAGGAGUUUGAAAGGUAGAGAGAAUCGGAGCCUUGGCUAAUGUGGUUUGCUGAUGGAAAUGUGGUUAUUAGAAUCAGUUUAUCAAGGAUUCUACUAAGGGUGCUUAAGAAGAGGCCUCAGGUCCUGAGAAGUGCUUUGAGCUGUCACAGAGAAGGGGGGGGGCUGCAUAAAUGAGCGAUUUCUGGCCUCCUGUUCUUACAGAGGCACAAACAGAAGAGGAAGUGACUGAGAAACUUUGUUUUAGGGAGCCAUGUUUUUUCCUGCUGAAAGAAAUAAGCUGUAGUGGGGUCUAGGGAGAUAGCUCAGUGGUUAAGAGAACUUGCUGCUCUUGCAGGCACCCAGGGUUCAGUUCACAGUACCCACCUGGCAGCUCUCAACUGUCUUAGUUCCAGGGGAUUUGAUGCCCUCUUCUGGCCUGUAGUGGUACCUACAUGCAUAUGGUGCACAGAUAAUACACUGAGGCCCACAUACAUAUAAAGUAAUCUUAAACAAGCUGUGUGUUGAUGUAGUGUCAGCUCCAUGAAGAGGUGGAGUGGCUACCUCAGCCACUCUGGGAUACAAUCCCUAUUGUAGCACUUGUUGCUUGAUAAUAACACAUCUCAACAAGCCGCCUUCCCUCUGCGGAGCAUUCCUGGGCACGCAGAGAUGGGUGUGAGCACAAGGGAAGAAAGACUUCUUGUCACUUCUGCACUUUGGGUUUGCUUUAAGGGAAUUAGCUGAAGCAUGAAGCUGCCCCUGGAAGUUCUUUUCUUUGCCUCCCUAGCUCUGUGUUCUACAGCGUCCUUUCUUCAAAAUCAUAUUUAACAUCUGUGACUGAGGCCGACAGCCUCUUGGGACACAACAGCUGCUCAUUCCCACUGGAUGGUAACUUCUAAGCUAUGUAGAGCAAUAGAUACUUUUGGAUCACAUCAAGGCCAAGGACUUCGCUGUUUCAUGUCCUGACCCAAAUAAGGUAAAGGAACCCUUCCUUGCUGAGUGGGUUUCUUAUGAACAGGCAAAUGCUGCAGUUCCAGGCCAUGGGUCCAGGGAGUGAUUUCAGGGACAUAGGACGAUAGCAACUGUCACUGUUUUGACGCAGGUAGAACUUGUUCAGCUUUCUAUGGUCCACAUAUCUAUGCCCCCUAAGAAGCAAAGGGUUUCAGAUUCCUUUGUGUUAUGUGUUACUGGACAGAGGCCAUGAAGAUGCACACUGAUUGCAUGCCCACAAUGUACACCUCACACAGCCAGCAGUAGGAUAGGAAGUUCCCACAGAAAGUAAGUAGCAUGUAAACAUUACCUCAUGGAGCGUGUGGGCUGAUAACCGAACUAACUUUAGCCAUAAAGUGAUGCUAAGCAGACAACAGAAGGACCUCAGAGCACAGCUCUCUAAGCAAACAUGUUUGGUUUCAUUCUUUGUAAGGAAGUCUUUGCUGCGUGUGAUCUUUUCUGCUGCUUCAGGAAGUUAGAGCUGAGUUCCCGUCCUUGUGUCUGGAUUUCCACCAGGCUCACCGUUACCCACCCAGGGCAUCUACCAUCUGCAUUCUUAUCUGUUACCUCAUUCUCCUGAAGCAGUGUUGUUGUCAGGUGCAUCCAACAGACCGUCCGUGUCUGCACCUCUGCUCAUCUCAAUAAACUCAAAGCAGGAUUAUGUGUAAAAGAAGCAAAGGAAAUGACCCCAGAGAAACAUUCCGACUGUUAUCUUGAGUGAGGAAAGCUGUUGAAACGACAGCUCAGAAGGAACAGGUCAGCCACUGGAGUUCUCACAGAACUGUGAUUUUCAGUUGGAGGUCCUUGUUUUCUUUAGUGCUGGGGGCUGAACACUAGACAAGAGCUCUACUACUGAGCUGCACCUCCCUCUUUCUUUUUAUUUAGUUACGUCAUCUCACUUUUGAUGCCCAAAUUUGCAGACUCUGUAACCUAGGCCGGCCUUAGAUUUUCAAUUUUUCUGCCUCAGUUGAGAGCCACCAGGCCCAGUUUCAGUUUGAGGAUUUGAAUACAGAAAUAAAAGCCACCGGUUCUGGUGGCACAUGCCAGUAGGAUUAGCUGAAGGAAGUGGAGGCAGGAGACGAGUCUGAGGCUAGCCUGGGAUACACAUUAAAAACAAACAAACAAAAAAAAAAAAACAAAGGCCAUUUAAAAUAUUACAAAGUUUAUUUUAUUCCUUUUUAAAUUAUUGUUGAAAAGCCUGGGUAGAAUUAAGAACCUUUGACCCUUAGUGUGUGUUCCAUUGUGGGAUGGCUCAUCCAUAACCGGCUUGCAGGCCUAAACCAGCCACAAAGAUACUUUCUGAGAGCCAACCUGGGUCUGCCUAAGGGCCUUAGCAACAGCAGCUGAGACAUGAUCUGGAGAUGACCUGGACCAAUGAGAGGCAGCCAUGUCACACUAUCAGAUGCAUAUUCAUCAGACUUCCUCCCCUAGGGUGGGGUGGAGAGUAUACAAUGCUUGCCUCUUCCUGAAUAAACUGAGCUUGUUGUUUUGACAUUCUCUAGGAAUCAGUGUCAUUGACUCUGUGCCUACUUGGCCUCCUCCCCAAAAGGGAACAACAGCACAGGACCCUGCCACAUUCCAUAGUAAAAGACUUCUGAGCUGUUUAAUUUGAAGAGGUUGGUCAUGAAAUUUAGGAAGACCAUAGUAGUGUUUGUGGGUAAUAAUUCCAUGCGGCCAUACUUGCUUUAAUAAGUGACAAAAACAUGAAAUUUAGGACAGGUAUAGUGGCAUAUGCCUUUAAUUUCAGCACUCAGGAGGUAGACACAGGUGGAUCUCUGUGAACUUGAGGCCAGCCUGGUCUACAGAAUGAGAUUUGGGAUAGUCAGGGCUACAUAGGGAGACCCAGUUUUUUUUCUGAGGGAAUAACAAGGAAAGCAUGAAAUUCAGCCGUAGAAACCAAAGUGUGCUUUAGAACCUAUUGGGUGUGUGUUUUGAGAUUUCAGACCAUCCACCUGAAGGUGUCCUUUUCAUGAUGGACCAGAUGUCAGAGCUUUGAGACCUCAGUGGUACAAUGUUUAGUUACGUCUUGCACCGAGAUCCUGAGAGCUAAUGGAAGCCAAUGAGUGGGAGAGAGUAAAGUAUCGCACUGAGAGACAUGUCUGCAGACCACUGCCACAUGGUGAUGACACAAGGUAGCAGUCACUGAAUGAAAAUAAGAGGACAAAUGGAGGUGGUUAGGAGAAAAGGGAUGGGUUAUCUGGGGGUGCAAACUAUUUUCAUGCUGUUCACAGAAGCCUCCUUAUUCUGCCAGGCCCGUGCCAAGUACAGUCAGUGUCAUCAGGGGCCACUCCAGCUCGUCCCUUCAGAUGCUCAGGCUAAGCUUUGCGGUUGUAACCUGGGGGUCCUGUUGUGUGGAAACCCUUUACUAAUGUCCAGUUGGGUAAGCACCACAGUGUGUGAGCCUUGUUGUGUCUGGUCUUCAGUGAUUGCAUUCUCAGGUUCAGAAGCCCUAACCCAAAUAACCAGUGAUGACCAGACUGUGGCUUUUCCUCCCUUCAAAGCCCUGGACCCUCUCUAUUCUCACUCCUUGGUGAAAAUAAUGUAGCUUACAGCUAAGAUAGGGCACCAUGCUGUUGUUCCCUCUGGCUGCUUUCAUGAGGGCCUGGAAGUCAUCCUCAGGGUUGGGGAAAGGAUGGACAUAGCUCUUCAGUCCCCGUGGCUCUGGUUCCUUUCCCAGGAAUGCAGAGUUCUUUCAGUUCUCUGUAGAUUAAAAUCAGGUCUCAAAAAGACCUGGGCAGAUGAGGCAGGAGGAUUUCUGUGAGUUCUAGGUCAGCCUGACCUUGAGUUCUAGUUUAGCCUGGAAUACAGGGUGAUAUCCUCUUUGUGAUGUAAUUAAUAAGCUUCAGACACUAAGAAGGCUGAGGCAGGAAGCUGGGAAUUCAAUCUUCAGUCUUAGAAGCAUAGCAAGACCAUUUCAAGAUCCAACUAGCCAGUGUGUACAAAUCCACAUAGCUGUAGAUCUUUCGCUGCUGACGUCCAGUGAGGAAUGCUCCCACAGCAUGUCUGGGCAGCUACAGCUCUACACGGGAGGCCUGAGCUACACAGGCCUAGGGUCUGUACCCCUUUGCCACCAUGCCUGGCAAUUUAGUGGCUGAGAGCAAAUAUGCACAGUGAGUUUUGACAUCAGAGAUUAUGAGUGGGAACAGAGUCAGCUGAACAAUAGUGUCUCAGCCAGCCCUCCUGUAUCAGUAUUGGGUUAACCACAUCACUGCAAGGCCCAGCUUCUUUUUUAAGCAGACAGAAAGAAACACUGUGAGCAAGGCUCAGCUUUCAGGGAAGGUGGUUAGAAGGUCUUGACAGGAUUUAAAGGGAUGGCAGUGUAAAGAUGGUGAUGUGGAGGAUGCUGGGUAAAGGAAAUUACCCCAUUCUUUGAAGGGUUUGUAGAAACUCAAGUAAGCGCCCAAAGUUGGCUUUGUUGUAUCACAGCCAUCUCAUAUGAAGCACUCUAUGUUUGUGUUAAGGACCCAAGGUGAUUGUAUUUUGCUGGCAAUAGAUAAAUUCUUCAUUGUUGGCAGGUUCUUCAGAUCUGUGAUUAUGAACACUCCUCUGCUGCCAAUAAAACAACUGAAAAACA